AGCAGUCCUAUCAGUCCUGCACAGUGUUAAUGUUGCUGUCACAUCCAGUGGUUAAAGUGCCCUAAAAUUUGUGCAAACCAUUUGGAACUUCUGACUGAAUCCUAGAAAAUUUUUUCUCCUGGCAGCUAAAGAUAUUUUAGAGAAGAGUUAAUCUUUCACUUCUCCAAUUAAUUUUUCUAGCAAGAAGAGCCAUGAAAAUAGAGCUCUCCACCUGCUUCUUUCUGUGCCUUUUGCCGUUCAGCUUUAGUGCCACUAGAAGAUAUUAUCUGGGUGCUGUGGAACUGUCCUGGGACUAUCUGCAAAGUGACCUGCUCAGUCAGCUGCACAUGGAGACAAGAUUUCCUCCUAAAAUGUCAAGAUCUUUUCCAUUCAACACCUCAGUCGUGUACAAAAAGACUGUUUUUGUAGAGUUCACCGAUCACCUUUUCAGCCUUGCCAAGCCCAGGCCACCCUGGAUGGGUCUGCUGGGUCCUACCAUCUGGGCUGAGGUUUAUGACACAGUGGUCAUUACACUUAAGAACAUGGCUUCUCAUCCUGUCAGUCUUCAUGCUAUUGGUGUGUCUUACUGGAAAGCAUCUGAGGGAGCUGAAUAUGAUGAUCAGACCAGCCAAAGAGAAAAAGAAGAUGAUAAAGUCUUUCCUGGUGAGAGCCAUACUUACGUCUGGCAGGUCUCAGCAGAGAAUGGGCCAAUGACCUCUGACCCACAAUGUCUCACCUACUCAUAUUUUUCUCAUGUGGAUCUGGUGAAAGACCUGAAUUCAGGACUCAUUGGGGCUCUACUGGUAUGCAAAGAAGGGAGUCUGACCAAAGAAAGGACACACAACUUGCACCAAUUUGUACUACUUUUUGCUGUAUUUGAUGAAGGGAAGAGCUGGCACUCAGAAACAAAGGGCCCUAGGACACAGGCUUCAGAUUCUGCAUCCACUGGAGCCUGGCCUAAAAUGCACACAGUCAAUGGCUAUGUAAAUAGGUCUCUGCCAGGUCUGAUUGGGUGCCACAGGAAAUCAGUCUACUGGCAUGUGAUUGGAGUGGGCACCACCCCUGAAGUUCAUUCAAUAUUCUUUGAAGGUCACACAUUUCUUGUGAGGAACCAUCGCCAGGCCUCUCUGGAGAUAUCACCAAUAACUUUUCUUACUGCUCAGACACUGUUGAUGGACCUUGGACAGUUUCUACUCUUUUGUCAUAUACCUUCCCACCAACAUGCUGGCAUGGAAGCUUAUGUGAAAGUAGACAGCUGCUCAGAGGAACCCCAGCUAAGGAUGAAAAAGGAUGAAGAAGAGGAAGAUUAUGAUGAUGAUGAUCUUGAUUCUGAAAUGGAUGUGUUUAGGUUCGAUGAUAACUACUCUCCCUUUAUCCAAAUUCGCUCUGCUGCCAAGAAACACCCUAAAACUUGGAUACAUUAUAUCGCAGCUGAGGAGGAGGACUGGGACUACGCUCCUUCAGUCCUCACCUCUGAUGACAGCAGAAGUUAUAAAAGUCAGUAUUUAAACAAUGGUCCUCAGCGAAUUGGUAAGAAGUAUAAAAAAGUCCAAUUUAUGGCAUACACAGAUGAAACCUUUAAGACCCGGGAAGCUAGACAAUAUGAAUCAGGAAUCCUGGGACCUCUACUUUAUGGUGAAGUUGGAGAUACACUGUUGAUUAUAUUUAAGAAUCAAGCGAGCCGACCUUAUAACAUCUACCCUCAUGGGAUAACUGAUGUCAGUCCUUUGCACUCAAGGAGAUUGCCAAAAGGUGUAAAGCAUUUGAAGGAUUUGCCAAUUCUGCCAGGAGAAAUAUUCAAGUAUAAAUGGACAGUGACUGUAGAAGAUGGGCCAACUAAAUCUGACCCUCGGUGCUUAACCAGAUACUACUCCAGUUUCCUCAAUUUGGAGAGAGAUCUAGCUUCAGGACUCAUCGGCCCUCUCCUCAUCUGUUACAAAGAAUCUGUAGAUCAAAGAGGAAACCAGAUGAUGUCAGACAAGAGAAAUGUCAUCCUGUUUUCUGUAUUUGAUGAGAACCGAAGCUGGUACCUCACAGAAAAUAUGCAACGCUUCCUCCCGAAUGUAGCUGGAGUGCAGGCCCAGGAUCCAGAGUUCCAAGCUUCCAACAUAAUGUACAGCAUCAAUGGUUAUGUUUUUGAUAGCUUGCAGUUGUCCAUUUGUUUGCAUGAGGUGGCAUACUGGUACAUUCUAAGUGUUGGAGCCCAGACUGACUUCUUAUCUGUCUUCUUCUCUGGAUAUACCUUCAAACACAAAAUGGUCUACGAAGACACACUUACCUUAUUCCCAUUCUCAGGGGAAACUGUCUUCAUGUCGAUGGAAAACCCAGGUCUGUGGGUUCUGGGGUGCCACCACUCAGACUUUCGGAACAGAGGCAUGACAGCCUUACUGAAGGUUUCUAGCUGUGGCCGGAGCACUGGUGACGAUUAUGAGGACAUAUAUGAAGAUAUUCCAACAUACUUCCUGAGUGAAAACCAUAUCAUUGAACCCAGAAGCUUCUCCCAAAAUUCAAGGCACCCUAGCACCAGGCAAAAGCAAUUCAAAGCUACCACAAUUCCAGAAAAUGACGUAAAGAUGACUGAUCCUCACUUUGGGGAGGGAACAGGGAUCGAUAAAGUACACAAUGUCUUCUACACUGAUUUGUCAAUGCUCUUGGGACAGAGUCCAACUCCACAUGGGCUACCCUUAUCUGAUCUCCCAAAAGCCACAUAUGAGGCUCUUCCUGGUGAUCAUUUACCUGGAGCAGUAAAUAAUAAUGGAGGCCCAUCUAACAUGGUACAAUUCAUGCCAGAGGUCUAUCAGAGUGGAGAUACAGUAUUUACUCCUGAACCAAGCCUUCAAUUAAGAUUGAAUGAGAAUUGGGGGACAACUGUGCCGGUAGAGUUGAAGAAACUUGAUUUAAAAGUUUCUAGCUCACCAAAUAAUUUAAUGGUUUCACCAACAAUUCUAUCAGACAACUUGGCAGCAGGUUCUGAAGAGACAAGUUCCUUAGGAUCCCCAAAUAUGCCAGUUAGUCAUCAAUUGAGCACCAGUGUAUUUGGCAAAAAGUCACUUCCACUUAUAGGGUCUGGUAGUGAAAGAAAUAAUGAAUCCAACUUGUUAGAAGGAACAUUAGUGAAUACUCAAGAGAAUUCACUGGGAAAAAAUAUAUUAUCAAUGGAGAGUGAUAUAUCACUGGAAGAGAAAAUAGCUCAUGGACCUGCUUUGUUGACCAAAGCUAAUAUUUUAUUCAAAGUUAACCUCUCUUUGAUAAAGACAAGCAAGACAUCUAAUUAUUCAAUAACUAACAGAAAAACUCACGUUGAUAGACCAACAUUACUAAUGGAGAAUAGUACAUCGGUCUGGCAAGAUACUAUAUUAGAUAGAGAUACUGAGUUUCAAAAAAUGAUAUUGUCAGUGAACAAUGAAGUGCUUAUGGACAAAAAUACUACAGCUCUGGGGCUAAAUAAAACUACUUCAUCAAAAAAUGUGGAAAUAGUUGCUCCAAAACAAGCAGGUCUUGUGCCAUCAGAUAAAGAAAACCCAGCUAUGUCAUUUUUCAAGAUGUUAUUCUUGCCAGAGUCAACAAAUUGGAAAAAAGAGACCAAUGGAAAGAAUUCCCUAAACUCUGGGCAAGGGCCUAGUCCGAAGCAAUUAAUAUCCUUAGGGUCAGAAAAGCCUCGAGAAGAUCAGAAUUUCUUGUCAGACAAGAAUAAAGUGGUAGUAGAAGAGGAUGCGUUUACAAAGGACACAGAAUCUAAAGAGCUUAUUCCAAACAAUGGGAGCAUAUUUUUUACUAACAGGGCUACUGUAAAAGAAAAUGAUACACACAAUCAAGAAAAACCAAUUCAGGAAGAGAUAAAAAGGAAGGAAGUAUCAACCCAAGACAAUGUAGCUUUGCCUCAGGUGUACACAGUGACUGACGUUAAGAAUUUCCUGAAGAAACUUUUCUUACUGAACACUAGACAAAACAUAAGUUUAGAUGAGGGAACAUAUGCACCAACACUUCCAGACACCAAAUUAUUAAAUGAUUCAACAAAUAGGGCAAAGAUUCACGUGGCUCAUCUCUCAAAAGCCAGGGGAGAAGAGGAAAUACACCAAGAAAGCUUGGGAAAUCAAGCCAAACAAAUGGUUGACGAAUAUCUAAGUACCAUAGAGGUGUUUCCUAAUCCAAGCCAGAACAUUACUGCCCAACGCGGUAAGCGUUCUUUGAAACAGUUGAUAUUGCCACCAGAAGAAACAGAGGUUGAAAGGGGGCUAAUUGUGGAUGAUACCUCAACACAAGUGUCCAAAAACAUGAACUAUUUGACCCGGACAGAUUACAAGGAGAAAGGAGGAAAGGCCCUUACUCGGUCUCCUUUCUCAAAGUCUCCUAUGAGGAAUCGUAGCAUCCCUCAGAUGAAGAGCUCUGCAUCACCCACUGCAGAGAUAUCAGCAUCUGCAGUCAUUCGACCUACAGAUCUGACACGGUUCUCAUCUCAAAGCAGCUCUUCUCAUUUUCUAGCAUCAGCCUAUAGUUACAGCUUUACGGCAAGAAGUCCAACAGCCCAAGAAGACAGUCACUUCUUACAAGCACCCAAAAUAAAUAACCUUUCUUUAGCCAUCCUACCCUUGGAGGUAAUUGGCAAUCAAGAAAAGGUUGGCUUCCUGGGGACAAGUGCCACAAACUCAGUUGCAUACAAGAAACUGGGCAACACUGUUCUCUUGAAACCAGUCUUGUCCAAAACAUCUGGCAAAGUUGAAUUUCUUUCUAAAGUUCCCAUUCAUCGGGAAGACCUUCUACUUACAGAAGCUAUCCAUGAGUCUCCUGUUUACCUGGAUCACAUGGAAGAGAUUCUCCUUCAGAAAACAGCAGGAACUACACAAUGGAAUAAGACAGAUGGACCUGGAAAAGUGCCCAUUCUGAAAGGUGCAACAGAACCCUCUGAAAAGAUGAACUCCAAGCUGCUGGGUCCUCUUGCUUUAGGGAAUCAAUAUACUACUCAGAUACCAAAAGAUAAGUGGAGAUCCCAAGAACAGUCACCAAAAAAUACAGUUUUAAAGAUGAAGGACACUGUUUUGUCUCUGAACCCUGAUGAAAGCAAUUGUACAACAGUAGCAAUAAAUGAUGGGCAAAACAGGCUCCAAGGAGAAGCCACUUGGGCAAAUCAAGGAGGGACUGGAAAAUUGUGCUCUCCAAACCCACGUGUCUUGAAGCGUCAUCUAAGGGAAAUAACCCCUGCUACUCUUCACGCAGAACAAGAAGACAUUUACUAUGAUGAUGUCAUCUCAAGUGAAAGCAAGAGAGAAGAUUUUGAGAUUUAUGGUGAGGAUGAAAACCAGGGUCUCCGCAGCUUUCAAAAGAGAACACGACACUAUUUUAUUGCAGCGGUGGAGCGGCUCUGGGACUAUGGGAUGAGUAGGGUUCCCAGUUUCCUAAGAAACAGGGAUCAGAGUGGCAGUGCCCAUCAGUUCAAGAAAGUAGUUUUCCAGGAAUUUACUGAUGGUUCUUUCACUCAACCUUUAUACCGUGGAGAACUGAAUGAACACUUGGGACUCUUAGGGCCAUACAUAAGAGCAGAAGUUGAAGACAAUAUUGUGGUAACUUUCAAAAACCAGGCCUCUCGUCCCUAUUCCUUCUAUUCUAGCCUCAUUUCUUACAAUGAAGAUCAGAAACAAGAAGCAAAACCUAGAAAAAACUUUGUCAAGCCUAAUGAAACCAAAACUUACUUUUGGAAAGUGCAGCAAUAUAUGGCGCCCACUGAAGAUGAAUUUGACUGCAAAGCCUGGGCUUAUUUCUCUGAUGUUGAUCUGGAGAAAGACAUGCACUCAGGCUUGAUCGGACCCCUUCUGAUCUGCCACAGGAACACACUGAGCCCUGCUCAUGGGAGACAAGUGACGGUGCAGGAGUUUGCUCUGCUGUUCACCGUCUUUGAUGAAACCAAGAGCUGGUACUUUACUGAAAACAUGGAAAGGAAUUGCAAGGCACCCUGCAGUAUCCAGAUAGACAAUCCCACGUUUAAAGAGAAUUAUCACUUCUAUGCAGUCAACGGCUAUGUGAUGGACACCCUUCCUGGCCUAGUAAUGGCACAGGACCAAAGGGUUCGAUGGUACUUGCUCAGCAUGGGCAGCAAUGAAAACAUCCAUUCAAUUCAUUUCAGUGGACAUGUGUUCACUGUACGGAAAAAAGAAGAGUAUAAAAUGGCAGUUUACAAUCUCUACCCAGGUGCUUUUGAGACCGUGGAAAUGCUGCCAUCCAGGGCAGGAAUUUGGCGGGUAGAAUGCCUCAUCGGCGAGCACUUGCAUGCUGGGAUGAGCACUCUCUUCCUGGUGUACAGCAAGCAGUGUCAGAUUCCCCUGGGAAUGGCUUCUGGACACAUUAGAGAUUUUCAGAUUACAGCUUCAGGACAAUAUGGACAGUGGGCCCCAAAGCUGGCCAGACUUCAUUACUCUGGAAUGAUCAAUGCCUGGAGCACCAAAGAACCUUUUUCCUGGAUCAAGGUGGAUCUGUUGGCACCAAAGAUUAUUCAUGGCAUCAAAACCCAGGGUGCCAGUCAGAAGUUCUCCAGCCUCUACGUCUCUCAAUUUAUCAUCAUGUAUAGUCUUGAAGGGAAGAAGUGGCUGACCUAUCGAGGGAAUUCCACUGGGACCUUAAUGGUCUUCUUUGGCAAUGUAGAUUCAUCUGGAAUAAAACACAAUAUUUUUAAUCCUCCAAUUAUUGCACGGUACAUCCGUUUGCACCCAACUCAUUAUAACAUCCGCAGCACUCUUCGCAUGGAGUUGAUGGGCUGUGAUUUAAAUAGUUGCAGCAUACCACUGGGAAUGGAGAGUAAAUUAAUAUCAGACACACAGAUUACUGCCUCAUCCUACUUAAUUAAUAAGUUUGCUACCUGGUCUCCUUCACAAGCCCGACUUCAUCUCCAGGGCAGGACUAAUGCCUGGAGACCUCAGGUGAAUAAUCCAAAAGAGUGGCUGCAAGUGGACUUCCAAAAGACAAUAAAAGUCACUGGAAUAAUUACCCAGGGAGUGAAAUCUUUCCUGACCAGCAUGUUUGUAAAGGAAUUCCUCAUCUCCAGCAGUCAAGAUGGCCAUCACUGGACUCUCUUUUUACAAAAUGGCAAAAUAAAGGUUUUUCAGGGAAACAAAGACUCCUUCACGCCUGUGGUGAACUCUCUGGACCCACCACUAAUGACUCGCUACCUUAGAAUUCACCCCCAAAGCUGGGCACACCAGAUUGCCCUGAGGCUGGAAGUUCUGGGCUGUGAGGCCCAGCAGCUCUAUUGAGGGGCUGCCGUGCCUUCCUCUUCAACUGCAGGACGUUCCCUGACUCGAGGUCAUCGUCGCUCUGAGGCUUCUGGGUUGCAUACCACCCCACACUGUCCAGAGCACCACCCUUGUUUAUGAAUUUAAACUGUACACUUCCCUGAAGCCUCCCAAAUUAUUAGUCCUGCAUUUCCUGAAAAGUUAGGACUCACACAGCCACCCCUUCCUCUGCUGUGGAAAAAUGGUGUGUUGAAAGUUGCCAGAAGAUAUUCAUGACAUAAGCAUUUUAGAUUAAGCUUCAUAUAUUUAAAAUAAGAUUCCGACUUGUUAUCCUGAUCAAGCAUGGAACAAAACAGGUUUGGGAUCGUAGCAACACACUCGAAAUCAAAAGGCAAGUCAUUUGCACAAUCUGCAAAAUGGAGUUAAGAGCUACUACAUUAAAGUCCAUUUGAUUAAAUUUAUUAUCAGAAAAAUGUACAUAUAAAGCCAUUCUGUCUUCAUUCUUCUUUUGAUUUUUUUAAAAACAUUUGUGUUUUUCUGUUAUCUUUUUGGGUUUUGUUUUAAUUCUAAUCAACAAAAACAGGUUAAGAAUAUCGAAUUAUUGGGAACCCUGAGGUAAAAUGAGUGUCUUUUUAAAGUGUGUGAUGACCAAGAGAAUUAAUGGAAAUAAUAGGGUUCUAAAAAACAUAUUUUAAUAUUUUUGUGGAAAAAAUGAGAGAAAUCCACGGCUGUCUGGGAUAGAAGGUAUAAACUUUUAAUUCCAAUAGUGCACUCAUUUUACUCCCUCUCUUGCUCAAAUAACACAACAAUGUAAUGGAAAAUUUUAUUUCAUAGCUAAAACCACUUGUAGAAUUAAAAUUUUAACCACUCUUC